AUGUCGACAGCACAGAAAGCUAAGAUAUUGCAACUCAUCGAUUCCUGCUGCCAAAAUGCAAAAAGCACACAACUGAAAUCUUUAUCAUUUGUUAUUGGAGCAGUAAAUGGCACGACGAAAGAAGCUAAAAGAACCUACAUUCAAGAACAGUGUGAAUUUUUGGAGAAGUUACGACAACAAAAGAUAAGAGAGGGAAGAAUUAACAUAUUGUCUAUGGAUGCUGGUGUUUCUAACUUUGCUUUCUCUAAGAUGCAAUUGCUCAAUAAUGAUCCGCUCCCUAAAGUACUAGACUGGCAAAAGAUAAAUCUAGAGGAGAAAUUUUUUCAAAACCUCAAAAAGUUAAGCUUGAAUCCUGCUGAAACUUCUGAGCUUGUAUUUAACCUUACGGAGUAUUUAUUUGAAUCUAUGCCGAUACCAGAUAUGUUUACAAUUGAAAGGCAACGUACCAGAACUAUGUCUUCGAGGCAUAUUUUAGACCCAAUUUUAAAAGUGAAUAUUCUCGAACAGAUUCUUUUCUCUAACUUGGAAAAUAAAAUGAAGUAUACGAAUAAAAUACCGAAUACGUCCAAGUUGAGGUAUAUGGUAUGUUCGUCCGAUCCACAUCGGAUGACUUCAUAUUGGUGCAUUCCAAGAGAAGAGACACCGACCAGUUCAAAAAAGUUAAAAUCUAACAAACAUAGCAAAGAUUCUCGAAUAAAGCUAGUGAAAAAAAUACUUUCAACCUCAAUACUAGAAGGUAAUUCAACUAGUUCUACAAAACUGGUCGAGUUCAUAGGAGUUUGGAAUAAUAGGAUAAGAAAUGCCCUUACCAAAAAAAAAAGUUUCAAGCUAUGUGAUAUACUAGAGAUCCAAGAUAAUUCGGGGGUGAGAAAAGAUGACGAUUUGGCAGAUUCAUUCCUCCAUUGUUUGUCUUGGAUGGAGUGGUUAAAAAAUUAUGAAAGUAUUACUGAACUCUUGAAUUCAAAAACACUGGUUAAAACACAGUUCGGACAGGUGUUUGAAUUUUGUGAAAAUAAGGUACAAAAGCUGAAAUUUUUGCAGAACACUUACAACAAUGACUAA